GGAUCGCGCACUUCGCAGGCACCGAAAUAACGAAUGCGAUCGGCAUUGAGUCGCAAUGGGUCGUAAAACAUGCAACUCGCCGUCACCCGGGACAUGGAAGAUUGAUCGGUUGACAUCAACACCGCCAUAAUAUCUAGAGUUCUCAGCAACGCCUCGCGUACUGCAGCGCAGAGCCCACCAGGUCCAGGAUCACUCUCGCUUGGACCUUACUCAGCCGUGAGGGGCAGUUCUCAACUACAGGCUUUGGAUUCACGAUUCCAACAAAGUCGAUGCGUUGACCAUCCGCAAACACAGUACGAAGCCGCACCGCCGGCGCCGACGCUGAGCCAUGGAUUCGUUCAUCCCCAUGGGCGGCACCCAGCCGGCCUUCCAGCGCCGGCUGAGCCGCCUCUACAACGACACCAAAAAAUCAUCCGACUUCGUCAAGGAGCCCGCCCACCAUGCCGAGGCCGACCCCGAGAUCAAGUCGCUGCACCGCAAGCUGCGCAUCCAGAAGGACCGCCUUGUCAGCUGGGGCCUGGAGUGGUCCGACCCCAACCAGUCAGCCGAGGUGCUGAUCGACUCGUCUCUCUCCAAGGCCGGGCUCAGCGAGGUCGUGGGCAGCAUCAUGUCCACCAUCAAGGACAUCCUCGCCGAGGCCGAGCCCCUGUGGAACAGCUCACGCCGCCUGGCCGGAGAGCGCGUCGAGCCCGAGGCGCCUCCCAGACGGGGCGAGAAGAUCCGGAUGGUCGUCUGGGACAAGAACCGGUUUGAGGACCUAAUCCGUGACCUGACCACCUCCAUCGACACGCUCUACGACCUCUCGAGGACAAGGUCAUCGCAGGCGUCGGCUGCUGUCCGGCAUACACCUUCUGUUACGGCACCGGAAGACCUGCGCCCGUUCGAGUCGUCCCGGAUGCAGACGCCCCAGCAGAUCGACCCCAGGUCCCUCUCCAGUUUACGAUCCAGGCAGGCCGAGCCCAUGACGGAGCGAGAACAGGAUCGCGCACGCGAGAUCGUCUUUCUGAGCAGGCAGGCCUUCGACGAGCUCACGCAGACUGCGUCCGGCGCGCGUCAGCCCCACGCCCCCCUGCUUCUCGAAUACGCCUCGUUCGACCCCAUCUACUCCAUGACGGGGAUCCCGCCGCCCAUGGCGCGCUUCGAGAAGCUGUCGGCCGGGCUGCAGUCGGAGCCGCAGCGGUCGCCAGGGUCUUGGACCGGCUUGCCGCGUUUGCUGGGCUACUUUGAAGACAUGGACAACUCGCGAUACGGUCUCGUCUACCAGUUCCCGCGCCCCUUCAACCCCGUCACGUUUGAGCAUCUCACGCAGAAUCCGCUCUACAACUUGUGCUCGCUUGCCGACCUGCUCGUCCGUCCCGACUUCGAGCCCAAGCUGGAGGCCAAGUUCCGGCUCGCGGCGAACCUCGCCAAUACCGUCUUUGACAUGCACGCCCGUGGCAUCACCCACGGCAACCUGGUUGGCGAGAACAUCUCGUUCUGCAACGCGGUCGGGACGGACCCCGAGGUCAGCGGCAUUACACAGGGCGAGGUUGACAUUCGGCGGCCGCUGAUAUCGUCAUUUGACCUGUUCUCGGAUCCGCGGUCGCAGGAUGCUCCGAGACAGUAUUCUUUGUACAAGCAUCCCCUUGACCCGCGGAACAGCGCCCAAUCGCCCCUUGCCAACAAUGCGGACUCCAAGACAUUCGACCUCUACUCGCUCGCCAUGAUCCUCCUGUCGGUCGGUCUCUGGACCAAGCUUGAGAACCUGGUGCCCAACAUGGAGACGCCAACACUGUCGGACACGCUGCUGGACCAGCUCGCCAUUCGCUGCGGUACCCUGUACAUGAAGGCCGUGCAGACCUGCUGGAACUCCGUCGACCAGGAGCUGAAGGGCACCCACACGACCGAGCAGAUUGUGUCGCGCGUCCAGUUCAAAGCCAGCCGCUACCUCGAGGCCUGUUGCAUUCUCGACGGCGUGAGCAACCUGGAGGAGCGGCUCGGCGACGAUCUCGGCGAGCCCCGGCCGGAGCCGCAGCCAACGGCGGGCUCGUCCAAGGAGACCAAGGAGAAGUCGUCUGUAGCGCCAUCUGAGAACAGACCGGGCGACCUUGUCCCGUCUGCCGAUACACAAGCUGAGAGCCAAGAAGAAUCAAGGCCAUCCAAGAAGAUGCGGCUCUACCCCCAAAUACCCCUGCCGCCGGACAUCAUCGAGAAAUGGAACACGGUGUUCAUGCCGCAGAUCAACAACGCCCUGCGCCAAUUCUACUGCAAGCAUCCCGAGUCGGUUGAAAUUUCGCUCGAGUCUGUCGGCGACAGCCCCCAGCGGACAAGACCGACGGUCCUUGUUGUGUGCACGUCUGUCGGCAAGGUCAAGGCCAUCUUGAAGAAGAAGCUGGGCAGCUUGUUCGACGGGUCUGCCGGUGUCGCGGUCAAGGUUUGCCGCGGCCAGGUCCUGCGUUCGCGGAGGCAACCCAGCCGGAGCACGGCCAAAUCGGUCGACGACGGCCAGGAGAUUGUGGCUGCCAACCCGGAUUACCAGGAGCACCCAAAAAACGGGGCCAGCAUCGGGGCGUGGAUCGGCGACCGCCAUCUGCCUCCGGUGAGUCUCGGCGGUGUCAUCACGGUGGACAACAGGCAGUACGGGAUGACGGUGCAUCAUAUGCUGGAUGACCCUGACCAGGAGGCUGCGGCGGGGAAGAGCGGCGCGCCAAGGAGCAUGGCGGGCCCGCGCGUGCCGGAUCUCGCUGCAUGGUAUGCAGAGCAGUACCAGCACAGCGAGAAGGACACGGAUAGUAGCGGCAGCGAAGACUACGCCUGCGAGUUUUCCGACUCCGAUUCAGACACGCUCUCCGAAUCGGCCGUCACAAGCGACUAUUCGGACGACGAUGAGGACGAGGACGAGCAGGGGCAGUUCACCGAGCCCGGCGACAUCCCCGGCAUCGAGCCAGGCUGCGGAGAGGGCUAUAUCAUCACGCAGCCUGCGCUCGACGACGUGCCUGACGGCUUCUACCCCUCCGCCGAAACGGAGGACGAGGACCACCUCGACACAUACACCGUCGGCGAGGUGUACGCCUCCAGCGGGCUUCGCCGACGCACCGAAAACGGCCUGCUGCACGAGAUCGACUGGGCGCUCUUCGAGUUCACCGACGACCGCGCCCCCGAAGGCAACCUCAUCCCGCACAUCACGCCGUCGCCCAGCGCGCGCCGACUCUCGUGGCAGAGCGAGUCGGCCGAUGUGCCCGUGAUCCAGCCGACCUCAGUCGUCCCUUCAUCCAACCUUCCCGGCCUCGCAGUGCAGUGCAUGGCGCGCAGCAGCGGCCUGCAGAGCGGCGUCAUCCUGCAGGCCGUCGCGUCCGUCAAGAUCUACGGACGCACGUCCCCAAGCCAAAUCUACCAAGUCGCGGGCACGCCCUCCUAUCACCAUCAAAACAGCAGCAGCAGCAACGCCACCAGACGGCCGUCCCUACCGAUGGGCAUCCCAGGCGAUAGCGGCGCUUGGGUCGUCGCCCGGGCCGAUGGCGGCGCCGUGGCCGGGCACAUCCUGGCGUGGAGUGAGCGCAAAAGAGUAGCCUACAUCUGCCCGAUGGACGUACUGUUGCGCGACAUCGCCGAGACGCUCGAGGCCGACGAGAUCCGGCUGCCCGGCGGGGCGGAGGCGGUCCUCUCGAGGCUGCCUUUGACGCAGGAAAAGCUGGGCCGGAUGCUGACGCAGUCCAGCAGGCUGAGCAGGCUCUCGAAGGGGCAGGUGUCGGAGCUCGGGGAGGACCCGGACGACGAGGGCGUGCCAAGCCUCGUGUCACCGCUUCAGAAGACGCACUCAAGUCGGCGGUCGCAGCCGAGUCGGAGGGCAUCCUAUCGAAGAAGUAAUCCGGGAAGUCAGGGGAAUGACGACGACUGUUAUGACGAGGCGCUUGAGGCUGAGCUGCUUCAGGGAAUGAAGGAGCUGCAGCUGUCGCCAGAAGAGGUACCAACGGGAAUGAGGUGGGGGGUUGCUUGAUACCACGUGUUCCCAUACUUAAUGCAUUCAAUUAGCAUAUUGGAUUGGAUCUUGCCUUGGAGCAUCAUCACUUGACUGCUAUGGGCUGAUCAUCUCUGCGAGUUCACACAUAUAUUGCCAGUUCAACUGAGCAUGGUUAACUAAGACUAGAACUAGACGCCAUUGCCCUUACAAGCAAACGUUCAGUGCAAAAGAACAGAUGGGGUAAAGAGAGGGUAUAUGUAUGAUACAACAAAAUGAGAGUCCUCAAGUC